GAAGUGUUGAUAAAUUAAAGUGCAUUCUUGGAUCUCUUUGUGCCUGCUGCAUUUUUUGCUUUGGCAGUUUUGCUUUUUUAUUUUAACAAUCCGCUCCCCCUCCUCUCUUGACUCUUUGUUUUUCUCCUUACAUUCUUGAACCAUCAGCUUAUUUUUAAAACCCCAGAUUCCUCUUUAUUUAUUUUUUUAAUUUAGAACAUCUGUGUUCGCUAACCACUAGAUUGGGAAAAAAGGUUUUUUCUUCUUUUUUUGAAUUCGCAAUGGCCAAGAGGAGAACUGUCGGUCAGAAGCACCCCAAGCCAAUUCCAGCUGCCCCUGCUUAUGCUUCCGCUGCUAACCCGACCGAAAAGUCGUGUGUUAAAAGCUGCGCCAGCUGGACUUUGCGACGCGUCGCGCUCCUGUACAUCCUCUUCGUGACAUUAUUUACAUGCCCGAACACACCCGGCCAUCCGAUAUGCCGCAUCGAGUCACUUGCGCACUCUGCCAUAGUCGCGCCAGUGCAAAGCUACCUUGUGGGCACUGAGACCGGAGCACGCGUCAAUGCAGCGUACAAUGCCCACCUAGUGCCGUUCUACCACAAGCACGGGGCGCCGGCCGUCGUCCAAGCGCACUCUCUCCUCGUGGACACUGCGCUGCCGGUUUUGCGCAAGGCGACAGCACCGCUGUGCGACGCCACCCACCGGGUGGUCAAUCCGUAUGCGGCCAAGGUCUCGGCAGUCUACGCAAGGCAUGCCAAGCCCUCCGUGGAUCUUGUCCUCGGGGGAGUCUGCGGAGUCACCCAAAAGUACCUUGUGCCGACAGGUUCCAUGCUUGUUCAGCAGGCCGGCAGAGCGGUGGACUCUGCGGUGCCGGUGGUGAGGUGCGUGGCAAAUGACUAUGUUGUGCCAUUUUUUGCUAACCAUGUGCAGCCGCGGUGGAGCAACCAAGUGAAGCCGGCGAUCUGCCAUUACUCCCACGUCGUCAUUGCUUACACGCGCAGUAACGUUCUACCUGGUAUUGCUGAUGGCGCCGCGCAGGCAUGGAGGGUGUCGCAGAGUUUUGCCUCCGUGCAUGUCAUUCCGUAUGCCAAGAUAUCUGCCAUUAACGCCUAUGCCUUCACCAAGGCGCAUAUCUGCCCGCCGGUGCAUUCCCUUUACGCGCGCACGCUAAAAUCCCAUAUUGACCAGGUUGUGCCCUGGGAGAAAGUCCAGGUAACAUCAGAUAAGGCCGCUGCCAUUGCCUGGACCAUCUUGGAUGUUGCCAAGAGUUUCACCGAGGAGGUCUUCUUCAUGUUCUACACCAUUAUCACCGGCAAUGAGCACCCUGCUGUUGUGGAGCGGGUUAAGAAAGUGGGUAUGGAGCAGGAGAAGGAGUUGAUGCUUAGGGCUAAGGAGAACAGUGUCGUGCCGAUGGUCACGCAGAGUGCGGGACAGAUUAAGGGUUUUGCACGUAAGGUUUCGGGAUCCGCCAGACAGUGGGUGCAGAUUGCCCGUGGGUGGGUGGGAUCUGCUGUGGAGGUUGCUAAGGAGGGCGUGGCUACGUAUACUAGCCGGAUGGCGGAGACUGCUGUGCAGCAGGUGGCAAAGGCUACGGGUGCGGCUGCGGAGGCCACGAAGGUUGUUGCGGAGCAGUGGUCCAAGGCCACAGAACAUGUUGCUAAGCCUACUGCCACUGCCACUGCCAUGAAGCCUGUUGUUAAGCCUACCACUGCCGCUGUCGUGAAGAAGGCUGAAACUGUUGCUGCUCCUGUUGUGAAAAAAGUUCACUCUGUCGUUAAGAAUGUCGAGUCUGUUGCUGCUCCUGUCGUUAAGAGGUCCGAGACUGCCACUGCUCCUGUCGUUAAGAAUCCUGAGACUGUCGCUGCUCCUGUCGUUAAGAAUCCUGAGACUGUCGCUGCACCCGUCGUGAAGAAGGCCGAGUCUGCUAUCGAGAAGGUCGUGUCUGUCGCCACUCCUGUCGUUAAGAAUGUCGAGUCUGUCGCUGCACCCGUUAUGAAGAAGGUCGAGUCUGUUGUCGAGAAGAUCACCGAGAAGGUCGUCGAGGCAGUGGGCUCUGCGACUGAAUCCGCUGCCGAGGUCGUUGAGUCCGCCACCUCGGUUGCUGCUGAGACCGUUCCCAAGAUACUCGAGUCUGUGACUUCCGUUGUCGCUGAGCAGGUGGUCGAUACCAUCAAGUCUAUCACUGAUCAGGCGGCUGAGAUUGUCAAGUCCGUUGCUGAGCCUGUCGAGUCCAUUGCUGAGUAUGUUGUGGAGAAGGCUACUGAGAACGCUGCUGAAGCUGCUAUCUCGGUUACUGAAGCCGCCGCUGAGAUCUUCGAAUCUUUGACCUCUGUUGCUGCCGAGACUAUUCCUGAGAUUGUUGAAUCUGUGGCUUCCAUUGCUUCUGAGACUAUCCCUGAGAUCGUCGAGACUGUCACAUCCGCUGCCAACCAGUUUGCCGAGACUGUCAAGUCUGUUGCCGCUCCCGUAAUCAACACUGGCACUGCGAAGCUUGCUGACACCGCUAGCUCAGCGACUAAAGCUGCCGCAUCCGCAGUCUCCAACAUUGCCGAGGAGACCAGCAUCCUGGGCUUCCUUGCAAAGGAGGAGCUCGAGACCGCCGAAGAGACCACCGAGAAGCAACCCCCUGUUGCCGAAGACGCCGCCUCGGCCAUCCUCGCGGCGCGCGACGCCAUGGCCGGAAUCGUAAUUCCCGCCGAGGACAAGGCAAUGUUUGAGGACCUGAUUAACGCGGCUUCUGAUAGCGACAACCUCGAGCAAUUCCCUCAGAUCGUCGAUGAGCAGAUCACCACAGACACACCGGCUGUUCCCGAGAUCAUCUCUGUAAUCAAGAAGGAUGUCGAGCCCGUUGUUCCCGCUGCCGCCCUGGACGAGGAUUCCGUUGACUCCAUUGACGAAGACGUGCGCAAAUCUGCGUCAAACUGGGUCAAGGAUGCGCGCAAGUCCAUUUCAAAGGAGCUCGCCGAGGAGCGCACGCGCGCGGUCACGCAGGUGGCUGAUACACCGGAGCUUUCUGCGGCUCCCGAAGCGCUUUCUGCAGAGAACCCCCUGGUGGCACAGCAGACUGAUAUGGCGGAGACCACGCCGGUUGCUGUUCUGGCUUCCACUACCAUUAUUGAGGAGCCAAUUCCUGUUGACUCGGUUCCUGAAGGAAUUGUCAUGGCUAACAAGCCGGCGGCGCCUGCUGCAGUUACUUCAGAGAUCAAGGCGGAGCAGCCUUUGGGUAAGCGUUUUGAGGAGGAGCAGAAGGUUGCUGAUUCUGAAAAGACAUCCGGCACGAAGGGCCCGCGCAAGAUUAAAAAGACCAAAAAGCGUGCUGUCAAGAAAACCGCCACUGCUGCCGCUGUCGCUGCAUAAACAAAAAAGCAUGGAAUACUCUUUUUUUUCAUAUUUGACUUUUUUUUCUUUUUCCUUCCUUAUUCUUCUUUUUUUCUUAUGUGUGUGUAAAUUUCUCAAUUUUCCAUUUAAAUAUUUAAUUUUUUGUUUCCAGCUAUUGUGGACAAGUCAAAAAAGAGGAGCU